AAAAGAAUUAACAUGCAUUACUGAAGGAAUUAACUGACCAUGAUUUUGCAACUCUUAACCAGAAAUUAAUAUAGCAUUUGCGUAAUUUGACUAUUAGCAGAAAAUAAUUGCACUUGAAUUAUGGCCCUGCUAAUUAUGCAACAUAACUAUAGCCAAACAAAUAAGAUAAGUUAAAAAAUCAUGUAAUGUCUUAGCCCCUCUUACACUGCUGUGGAGAGAGGUUAAACCCCUUCCAUUUUAAUCUGUCUCAUGUGCUACCCAAUAAAAUACUAGAUUUACUUCUGUCAAUUUAUCAAUAAUAUUGAUAUGUUAUAUCAAUCUAUAAUUCAUUAAAAAAAAAACACCCAAAAACUCAGCUAUUUUAAUAAAAACACAUGAAUAGGAAAUGCCAUUGCCAAAGCCAAGCAGUGCACAGUGUUAAAAUGAUGAAGGGAUUGUCUGGCAUUGCAGGUCAUAAAUCUGACCUCAUUGUUAGCGCUUGUGACAGGAAAAUUUUCCUCACACCUAAGGGGAUGAAGGGGCUUUGACAGAUGUGUGUGCAACUAAAGUAGAACAAACAGAUUGAACCAAAUUCCAGCACACCCAUUUGUACCGGAUGAGGAUGUUGAGAGUUACAUUACUCUAAACUAAAGAGUGGCGGUUAGGGGAGAGUUACAUUACUCUAAACUAAAGAGUGCCGGUUAGGGGAGAGUUACAUUACUCUAAACUAAAGAGUGCCGGUUAGGGGAGAGUUACAUUACUCUAAACUAAAGAGUGGCGGUUGGGGGAUACAUGUGAUACUGAUAAUAAUGCACAGAGACACCUCUCCAUGACUCCACUCCGCUCCAUCCCAUAAAUUACCCCAAGCCGAGGGAGUUACAAGCAAGGGUCGAUUGAUACAAAUAUUAUACAGUUAUUGACUAGUUCGAGGACAACAGUUGCUUUGUUUGACCCUAGAUCGGAUUUGUUGCCCAAAGCCGUAGGCUUGUUUUCGUAAGGAGUUAUAUAGGAACUGUUCUAUAGGGGUAUAACAACAUUUAAUUCUAGGUUUCGGCGAGCUUACCCCGUCACGGUAAAGGGCAGUAUGCUAUGUUUGUGCCAGAUUACAAAAUGUGAAAAUAAAUAUCAUUUAACAACGUUUUAUCAAUAAAAGUGUGACCGUGUAAUUUUUUCUCUGUUUGAGGAGUUGUAAACAUAAAGCAAUCAAAGGAUAAUUAGUUAUAGGAGUCCAUAGUGACGGUAUGAUGACUGAAAGAUGACUUGAAAAGUCAUUGAGAGGUUACUGAAAGUUUGUUGAAUGAUUGAAAGUUGACUAAACGACUGAGUGGUUGCUGAAUAAUAACAAUAAUACAAUUUAUAUAGCGCCUUAUAUAAAACAAAUUACUCUAAGGCGCUUUACAGGGGUAAGAAGAGGAAUAGAACACCAUUAAAUGACAGUAUGGCAUAAGAUCUUAUAUCUGUAAAAAUUACCAAAAUGUCACUGAAUGACCAUUGAAAACGACUGAAUGAUCACUAAACUGUUCACUUUAUUUCACUUCAUUGAAUGAUACAUGAUUCAUGUUCUUGCCAUUCAUUUCACAGAAUGGUUACUGAAAGUUUGUUGAAAUAUCAUUGAAAUGUGACUGGAUGAUAGCUGAAAGGUGACUGGAUGAUAGCUGAAAGGUGACUGACUGAUGACUGAAAGGUGACUGGAUGAUCACUGAAAUGUUAGGAAACUGACUGCAAAGAUCUUUAUUAGUGACAAUGCAAGCAGAUUCCUGAAUGAUUCAGUAACUGUUGGCCAUAUGAUGGCAUUUCAUCUUUUGAAACCUCUUGGGUGAGCCUGAGGGCAAAUACACCAUGUAUUUGCCGAUACUUUCAGGGUAGCAGUCCCGAGUAUACCCAACGACCUGGUACUUUGCUAUUGUUUUUAUGUAAAACUGAUCGUCAUUUACUGUUUGUUUAGUUUGGUCUCAUGAGCGAGGUUUCAUCAGACUGAAAUCAGCUACAUUGCAGGAAAUAGGAUUAGUCCGACCGACGCGACAUCCAAUAUAUACUCUAUAUAUGCCCCUAUCGUUUUGUGACUGCACAAAAAUCCAAGAUACCAGAUAAAAUAGCCCGCAUCGAUGUGAGAACAAAUGACUUCGUAUUUCACAUAGAAUGAAUAUCGCAGCUUUGCAACCCCCAGCGUUCCCGCCAAUCCUGUCUCGUGUGGUACCGAAUCAUUAGCAGAUCAAAUUCAAUACUAAUGAAAAAAUGUUCAUGUAUACGUUUACAUUUCUGUAAAAAUCAAUGUUUGGCUGUACUUGCUGUUAGCCAUGACGUAGCGAAUCGAUUUUUACAUAAGAUUGUUUAGGUAUAAUCGCCGUGCCGUAUUGUUUUCAUAGAGUGUCCUUGUAUCAGCAAAUGAAUAAUGCAACUGCCAGUAAACGAUGACCAUGUGACACAUGCCGAGUAAAGGACUCCACCACAGCGGCAUGCAUUUGUGCCUAAUGCCCAGCUUAAUAUCGCGCGUCAGUGAUCAACCUACUAAUUUUUCUCUUUGCAGGAUGAGACCCAUUUUAUGGUAGCAGUGAUCCGGGUUUGACAUCGGCCUCCAAAUGAGUGCCUGCAGAGAGGGGUGUCGAAGGGCAUUUCGGGGAAUCCUUCAUAUUCCCGGUUGCAAAACCAUAUGUUUCAAGUGUGUUCUUUUGCCCUGCUAUUCCAAUAAUGACAGCGAUGACGAAAAAGACAAAGAUGAUGAAGGUUACGACAGUUAUGGAAAUACAGACACCCAUGUACUUCCGACUCAUGAAGGCAGCCAUGACACAUCCGGGUCUCCGAACCAAGCGACUCAUCAUGAGUACGUCAAUAGUGUCCAGUAUACUAACAUAGAAAUGCAAGAGACAGGACAGGCACAAAGUUCAGACAAUAUAUACGUUCCAAUGCAACUGGAAUCUCUUGACCACCUCGUGGCAACUCAGAACUUGAAUGCCAGUGAACAAACAAAUAUUUCGAACAUUGAGCUCAUGACAUGUAAAUUGAAAGUAGAACGCCCGAAUCCGAAAGCAUCGUACGUGAACUUUCCCGAGUCCAGUCCGUUACUGAAAGAGACAGAAGAAAACGUAGAGAGUGAAAAGAUGACCAAUAUGUCAAAUGUUGACGUCCAUGUGGAAGAAAAGGAUGUAGCCUCGAAGAAUUAUAGUUCUGAUAUAUCCGAGAAGCAUUCCAAGUCGGCGGGGAUUGAGGCAACCUCUGUAACAAAAGCAUCAAAACAAAUCUCUUAUAACGAAGAAAGAACACAAAAGAAAAGCGUCAACACAGACGCUGGUACACUGAGAAGUCAGACAUUGGCGGAAGAGAUUGACGGAGCCUCGGGAAAGAAAAUGGUGCUUUUAGAAACAGAUUUAUGAUGUCCGUGUUCUGUGUUCAUGAUUGUUCAGUCUUUUUUUAAGUAUUCGUAUUUCGUGCCAUAUAUAAUAUAUGAUUUUAUGGAUGUUAAUUUAUGAUAAUGAUGUACAAGAUGCAUAUUUGGAAGGCAUGUGUUUCAUAUUUGUUUUAUCGAAUUACUUUUCUUUUAUUGUACACUGGGCGUAGACAUAAAGAAAAACGGCAUGCGUUAUGCUCCUGUAUAUGUACCAUCUGCAUAUGUUCAAGUCUUUCAAUUGUCCUAGCUUAGUCAAACAAUUUUAACAAUGAUUUGCUUCUUAAACACAACACUCCAAAAAUAUCUAAGUUCUGUAGAACAUUAAAUGAAACUCUGAUGUCGGAACAUUUUUAAUCCACAAUUUUAGCGAUAAUAUCAAAACCAAAAUAUUUAUCUAGUGUAACUAUUAUUCUACUUUCAAAUGUUUAGUUUUAAAAUGAAAUAUUUGGCAAACAUUUUCAUUAGUGAAGAUUUUAAAAAUCCUGACCUUGAGAAUUUUAAUUCCUAUUGACUUUCCGGAAUGAAAAGUUUUGAAGAUUUUUGUUUUCUAGUCCGAGUUGACAAUAUGUACAAUGUUAACUUGUCGAGACUGUUUUACAAUUUAUGUAUAUCAACCAAUGUCUACUAGUAUAUAUACAUGCACCGUAUUGGUCAUGGCAGAUUAACGUAAUCGUACUAUUCACGGCUCAGAUCCUGAUUUUAGUAAAACCAGGAUAUCGUUUUACAGUAUAUUUAUAUAUUUUCAUUUAAUUUAUCGGUUUACUUGGUGAGUGUAAAUAAAAAUUUUAAUGCAUA